CCCCCCCCGACUCCCACUGAAAUGAACGAUUCACUCUUCCUGGAAACCAUCCCUCAAAAUCCUCCUGUCUCCAGAUCAGCAGUGUUCAUGUGCUUGUCUCUUUAUUUAGCAGCUGAACUCAUGUCUCUGUUGAUAAGAUCAGUUCAGUAACAUGAGAGUUAAUCGUGACUCCGGCUGCCAGAGUUCUGAUUUUCUUGUUGAAGCAGCGGUUGGUCGGAAUGAUUUAUUCACCAGAUUUUGAUCCAGGAGUUUGUCUUUAGCCAAGUUGAUCUGAAAUCCACACCCGUCUGUGGAGGGAGGAUAGAGAGACAGAGAGAGAGAGAGAGAGAGAGAGAGACUGAACGAAAAUGCUUUAAAAUCCAUUUGCUCUAAUACUUUCACAAACACAGAGUUAGAUCAGUUUUGUCAGCUGUAAUUCCACAUGGGAGAUUUUCAAAUUUCAGCCUCUGCUCAUGUCUUUGGUUCGAGGGAAGAUAGAAAACAACAAGAACCAAAUUUUACAUUUGAUAGAAACCCCUGGAAAUUAAGAUCCAUGAAUUAUUCCCCAAGAAAUGAAAGUCAAAAAAGGAAUCUGCUACUGUCCCAUUCCUCUGGACCGUGGUCGCACUGGGACAGCUGGUGUGUGUGUGUCUGUGUGUGUGUGUGUGUGUGUGUGACGGUUGGGUUCAGGCAAGGGCCUGCUGAGACAGGGAUGAGUUUGUGUGUCUGUGUGUGUGUGUGUGUCGGGGCUGAACAGCGGCCAGCGCACAUGCUGGACGAAAUCAGCGAACAGGUCGACCUUUGACCUUUCAACUCCUCACCAGGCGUACGGGGGAAAGAGGAGAAGGAGGACAAACACGUGGACUUGAGGAGAGAGAGAGAGAGAGAGAGAGAGAGAGAGAGAGAGAGAGAGAGAGAUGGCGAAAGUGCAAAAUGUGAAAAAACAGAAAGGCGUAAACGAGGGAGAGGGUUUCCUGUGAAAGGAUGGAGGAGGAGAGCGGAUGAAUGAAUCCAAAAGGAAGAUGACAGGAGGAGAAGGAGGAGGAAAGGAGCGAGGGAGAGACGGCUCCGGCCAGAUUGUGAACUCCCCGAGACGGAGGACAAGACGUGAAUGCGUGAAAGUGUUGACGGAGCGGUGCAAAAAGAGCGAGGGAUCAGGAGUGAAAGUGUGCAGUCAGUUACUGGAGCUGUUCACCGAGUGGGACUGGUCCACGUAUCUCGCUGACUACGGCAAAUCCACCUGCAAAUACCUGAGAGUGAACCCACACACUGCACUGGUCCUGCUGGAGAAGAUGAAGGAGACGAGCAGGAAGAACAACGUCUUCGCUCAGUUCAGGAAGACGGACAGAGACCGACAGAAACUCAUCGACACCGUCAUCAAGCAGCUACGCAACCUCAUCGCACAGCACCACGCCUGAUUGGACAGCCGGCCCCAACGCCAUCGCCUGAUUGGCUGAUUGAAUCCAUCGCUGCGCUGUAUCAACCGUCUGUUCACCUUCACUUCCUGGGACUCCACUGGACUUCACACUGCACAAUCUUUUUUCUGGAAUCAGAACUUUUCAGUUUGUCUGAGGACGAGGACGAGCUCUCCGUCCUGCAGCGUUAAAUACUCAUCACAACAUUUCACUUGUAUCCAUCCACAACUGGAAAUAGUCCCAAACAAAUGCACAAUGUUUCCCUGUUCUGUGUAAAGUUUUGUAAAGUGACAGGUGCUUAACGUUUCUGACCUCCGGCCUCAGGGGGCGAUGGAGGACGUGUUUGAGUUGCGGUUACCCACUUGUGGCCUAUAUUCCCCCCCCCAAUCGCCUAAAGGUUGUUGGUGUAAGUUCUGAGACAAAAACACAUAAUUUGGUUUCGGUCUGUUGACAGUAUUUAAAAACACAUCAUCUGCCUUAUUCGUAGAUUUAAAACGAUUCGCCCGUGGAUUUCUUCAUGUGGGAAACAAACAGUUCAGUUAAGAAUCAUAUUUACAUUAAAUUCUAGAUUAAUCUACUUAAGUUUCUUAAUUUAAAGUAUUAAUUACUAAAUCUUUCAGUUUGCCGGACGCCACCGAGCCUCGUUGUUACUGAGAAAUGUGUGAGUCAGAUAAUCGCGGAAACCUGCGUUGUGCGGCUGUGAGAGAGAAUCUUUGUGGGUUUUUGCAGAUUUUAUUUUCGAUUCAGAAGCGUCAAACUACAACGUUGACAUUUACCUUCCACGUCUUCCAUGAUGUAUUUUGAAUGUACACCAGGGGGCGUCGUCUCCAUCGUCCUUUUCGGUUGCGGCGUUUUAAAGCACUGAACUCGAGAUCAGGUCCGGAAGAGAUAAAACAAUUUCUCGUUGAUCUGCGAACACUUGAAUGGACGCUCGGGUCGGGGUCGAAGUGGAGGGGGUGUCGUUCCACCCCUUUCCAGUGGGGGGCGCUGCCUGAGCAUUGAUACUCAUGUUGUAUCGACAGCUCGGUCUUAAAGACGAUGGCUCUAAAGUGAAAACUGUUUUGUUUGUCUUUGGCUAGAAAGAGACUAAUUUGUGUAAACACACACACACAGUCAUGUCUUCCAUACGCAGAGUUGUGUGUGUAGUUUGGCUACACAAACCUUUGUUUAGUUAUUAUAUUCACACUAUUGUUGGAGCUAGUGGAUCUUCAUGUUGCCUUUUUUUCUUGAACUCGGUGCAAUAGCAGCAACGGAACCUGCAGGAUUUUGUGUGUGUUAAUCGUUGGGCUUUAAAAAGGGAUUCGAACUUCAAACUCUCUUUUGAUCAACUGCGAUGUGUGUGCACUGUGAAAUCAACUGUACGCUGAUGUGUGCGUCUCUUUUCGGUGUCUGGGUUCGGUCACACGUACACAAAUGUUUUCGCGGUGAACCGUCGCCUCUCGUCCAAUCGGCAGGAAGGAGGAAAGAUUUGCUUCCUGCUUUGUGAUUUUGGUGAAUUUUGACUCGAGAUAUUCGUGUUGUGUUGUUAAUAAUGAAAAGGGGGGGGGGGCGCUGCUCAAUGUGCCUUUAAUGUUUUCUGUUUCAUCUUCCUGCCGCAGCUCACAGCAGCUCUGUGGCGUUCCGACCCAGUGACUGAACUUCCACACUACACGGACAACAAGGGAUCUCUGGAGCUUUUAUGUUUAGGUUGCAGAAUUUUCGACAAAUAUAACUCUUUACAUUUAUUGUUAAUACUCCUUUGCUUAAGGGCACCAUGGCAGUAACACACAAACGCGUUGGAACUGACAACCCUCAGAUACUGACGCUAUGUUCUGUAUUUUGUAAAUCUUUAUUGAGACGGAUGCACUGUUAACGAAGCUGUUGCAUUAAACCACUAACACAUUAAAGUAAAGUACUAACGCAUUUGAAAAAAAAAUGGCAACGGAAAAAUCUGUAAUAAAUGUUGAACUGUUGAA